AACGGUCAAAAUUGAAAGCAAACAGAAAGUAAAGAAAAAAUUCUUUAAUUAUUUUAAACAGUGCUUAAAUAUGUUAUAUUUUAACUAAAGUCGUGCAUGAGUAUUAAAACAUAUCAAAAUGAAUGAAAGUUCUUCAAUAAGCGCAAGAACAACUCGUUUAAAUUCGUUGAUCCUUGGGCGACCUGAAGCUUUACCAAAGGAACAGAAGGAAAUUUGUGCAGGAAUUAAUCGAGAUGGGCUUUUAGAUGCUCUUUUCUUACUUCAUCAAGAAUGUAGUAAAGAUUCUGUCAAAAAGAAGAAUAAAAACAUUCAGAAUUUUGCAAGCAAAUAUCGUCCAAUUAUUCGUGAAACCAAACAAUUGCGUGUCAAUGUUGAGGAUUUUGUUGUUAAAACUUUGAUUGGGAGUGGUUACUUCGGUGAAGUUCACUUGGUCACUGAUAAAUGCUCGCACGAUGUAUACGCAAUGAAGACAAUCAACAAAAAAUCUAUAGUUGGCAACUGUCAAGUAAGAGAAGAACGCGAUAUUAUGGUCUUGGGACGUAAAUGCGAAUGGAUCACUCGACUUCAAUAUGCGUUUCAAGAUCGAGAAAAUUUGUACUUAGUGAUGGAAUAUUUACCUGGCGGUGACUUACUUGGCCUUAUGAUUCGUUUUGGAGCGUUUGAUGAGGAGUUGGCGAGAUUUUAUCUUGCUGAAAUUGCGUUGGCAUUAAAUGCGCUUCAUUCAAUGGGAUUCGUUCAUCGAGAUGUCAAACCAGAAAACAUUCUUCUCGAUCGUUUUGGACAUUUGAAGUUGGCUGAUUUUGGAUCUGCUGUUGCACUUAAUGAAGAUGGAAGCUUUAUGAGUCUUUCGCCAGCUGGGACGCCUGAUUAUAUCGCACCGGAACUUCUUUCAGCUCUUUCGACAAAAGAAAGUCAGAAAGAUCAAAAGCUUGAUGCGUCGUGCGACUUUUGGUCAAUGGGAAUAAUUGGCUUCGAAAUGGUGACAGAAAAGACUCCUUUUCACAAUGAGAAUGUUUACGACACAUAUUCAGAGAUACAAAAUUAUUCAGAAGAUAAACGAUCAAUGAAAUCAUUGGAAUUUCCAUCUGAAAUGAAAGUGUCAAGAAACUUUAAAGAUUUCUUGAAUAGUUUGGUGACGAAGGCAAGUCGACGAUUGACAUUCGAUGAGAUUGAAGAUCAUCCGUUCUUUAGUGGAAUUGAAUGGCAUAAUCUUCGUGAUCAAGCACCGCCGAUAAUUCCAACAUUGUCUGGCGAAGAAGACACUUCAAACUUUGAUGAUGUGGAUGUGUCGAUAAAGCGAUCGCCAGUCAAGAAGAAAAUAACUUUUGCACCACAAAAUCCCAAUGAAUUUUCAGGCGAUGAUUUUCCAUUCUUAGGCUUCACUUACAUUUACGAAGAAUCAUCAAAAUUCUUAAAAUCUUCUUCAAAAACAUCUGAGUCGAGAUUGGAAUCGAAAAUCGCUGGGAAAAUUGACAAUCUUCAAGAUACGAUCAAAGAACAAAUGCGAGAAAUUAAAGAAUUGCAGAAGGAACUUCUUUCAGCUGAACGUAAAGCAACUCAAAUGAUCUCACUUGAGAAAAUGUACGAAGAAAGUAAGGAAGAUGUCGAGAAACUUAACAAGAAAUUGAAGGAAAAAGUUGGCGAAGUUGCAACAAUGAAAACUGAAAUGAAAAUGCUUAAAAAUGAACUUGAUGGUUUAAAGAAGAAAUUGAAGAUUGAAGAAGAAAAUCAAUUGAAACAUGAUACAAAAAUUGCUGACGUUUUGAGUCAAACAUACAAGAAAUGGGAAAAAGCAAAGAAAAUCUCUGACAACAACUACGAAAAGCAGUUGAAGGAAGCGAAAGGUGAAGUGAGUAAUCUCAUGGAUCGCAUCAAAACUGGCAACGAUGAACUUUCAGAAAAGAUUGAAGAAUGUCAGCAUUUAAAUAAAGUUUUAGAACAAUACAAGGAAAUGCUUGAAACAGCAAAAUCGCAACAUUCGAAAGACAAAAAUGAAUGCGAAAAUCUUCGCAAACAAAUUUCAUCGGAUGUUGAUAUGAAAAUUCAAGAAAUGAAAAGAAAACUUAAAGAUGAGAAAGACGAAAGAAUUAAAAGUGAAGAAUCUCAAUUGAAGUUGAGAAAAGAACUCAGUGAAGCUGUUAAAACUAGCAGCGAGUUGAAGGAAUCAAAGGAAGCAACAAAAAUGGAAAUUUCAGCAAUUCGCAAACAACUCAACGAGAAAAUUGACGAAAUUAAUCGAUUGAUGAAAUGCAAGAAGGAACUUGACCAACAAGUUGAACAAUCAAAUCGUAAAAAUGACGAACUUCGUAAAGAAAUGUUGAAGAUUCAAGAAGACAACAUAAAGAAGCAAUUGAGACUGUCAAAGAUCGUUUCGCAGCCAAUUCAAGUUGGUGGUUGUCGUUCUAGUAACGAAGGCGAGUUCAAAAGUGCUCAUGGGAGUCUCACUGAACUUAACAUUGCUGUCGAUACUGAAGACUUAAAGAAUGAUUUAGUUCGUGCAAGAGAAAGUGAAGACAUUCAAAGAAAGCGAGCUGAUAAUCUUGAAGAAGUUGUGCAACGACUUGAAGAGAUGAUCAAGAAAGUCAACAAGACAAAUGAGAACACUGCCGGUGGUUUACUUGAACGUCAAAAUGAAAAGUUAGAAGAUCAACUUGCGACAAUUCGUGAACAAUCAAUUCUUGAUCGACAAUCGGCACGAACUGCUAAUCUUCAAUUAUGGAAGUUGGAGAAGGAAGUCAGCGACAUUAAACAUGAAAAAUCGAUUUUAUCUCGACGAAUUGAAACAGCAAAUGAAAAAUGUUCGUCAGCAAUUCAUGAGAAGGAAAGCAUCGAGUUGAAAAUGAAGCAACAACUUGAGACAAUCAACUCGAAGGAAACACAAAUUAUCGAUCUUCAAAAGGACAUCAGACAUUUGAAGUUUGAAUUGAAACAAGAACGUGAGAAGUGGACGAGCAAUGAACGAGAUCGGCUGCGUGAGAAAACUGAGAUCAUUGAAGGCAACAGUCGAAUUAAAAAUCUUGAAGAAAAGUUGCGAGAAGCGAAUAACAAAGUUCGAUUACUUGAGUUGAAAGUGUCAGCUUUAAGUGACGAGAAGGAAAUUCUUCAACGUCGAUUGAAUGAGGAAAGAAAUCUUCACCAAGCAGCAGAUGAAAAUGUCAAAGAACUUCAAAAAGAACUCAAAACGAUUCAAGCAAACCACAAAAUUCUUCUUGAAGCCGCACAAACAACUGAAAAUCUUGCCGAUGCUUAUGAAGAGCGUUUCAAUGAUGAAGUUAAACGAAAUAAAGCAAACACUGAGAAGAUUGACGAUCUUUGGUCAAAAGUUCGUUCACGUGAUGAGACAAUUGCAAAGAUGAAACAUGAGUUGAGUCAAGAGAAGUCAUUAAAGAUGUCAGCUGAAGCUAAAGGUUGUCAACUUCAGAAUGAAUACGAUGAGAUGAAAGAAGAUUUGCAAGGAAUGCAAAAUCGAAUGCUUGAUCUUCAACAACAAUUAGUUAAGAAGCAAGAAUUCCUUUAUGAAGCUCAAGAAAACGUUGAAAUAACAAACGCUGACUUGCAGCAUUUACAAAAGAUGAAGAUGAAUUACGAAAGUGAAAUUCAAAUGUUGAAGGAAGAAACAUCGCGAAUCUUGACCGACUUUUAUCGAUCGAAGGAAGAAGUCAAGCGACUCACAAAGGAACUUAAAGAUGCAAGAACUGACAUUGAUGAGAUGGAUCAAGAGAAAGAUCAUCUGAAUAGUUUGUUAAGUGAGUUGAGAACUCAUUCAAAGGAACGUGACAUUAGAACUGAAGCGACAGUUUCACAACAAAAGAAACUCAUCGAAUAUCUCACACAACGUGUUGAAGAAUUGCAAAACAAAAAGAAGCGAACAAUUGCUGAAGUUUUGUUUGGUGCAAAUCCACCAAAUCAUCCACCAGUAACGCCAAGAAGCUCUCGUAAAGAAAAUGUUGCUCCAAACGCUCAAGACACGAUCAAAUUGAAGAAAAUUGAAGAUGAUUUGAAGAAGGAACGCGAACGUAAUCAAAGAUUGAAGGAAAAUUUAAUGCAAACUAAACUGGAAAUUCGUAAAAGUGCAAGCACGAAAUCGCCUGAAAGAGUAAAUCAUCAAAGUUAUCGUGAAUCAACAGUUGAAACAAAUGAUUUCGGAACAACACCAUCUCGAACAAUCACAGCAACAAUUCAUGCUGAGCCAGAAAAGAAAGUUGAGAACGAAUAUCGUCAAAGUGAUUCAUCACCGAAAGUUCAUCAUUUUGCAAUGACAAUUGAAACAGCAUCACCAGCACCAAAUGCUCCGCCGACUUUAUGCCUUGCAUGUGAAAGAAUUAUUUUAAUUGGACAACCUUACUGGCAAUGCAAGGAAUGUAAAUUGUCAGUUCAUAGGAAGUGUCGUGGCUUUGUUAAGUCGCAUUGUUUAUUAGGCGAUGGAAUUUCAGCCACAAGUUCAUCAUCAACAACAGACGCAACAUCAGAUACGACAGCAUCAAUUGUUGUACCCAUAAGACGGAACAGCAAGAAGCAUAAAAGUGUAACACUCGAUGAUGUCGAUGGAAUUAAACCUUUCUCUGACGAUGUUUCAUCAAUCGGAAGUGGAAGUGACUUAGCAUUGAACAGUUAUCAUGGUGAUCACAUUUUAAAUUCAUCACGCUUUGGAUUUGGUUGGGGAAUGGCAACAGCUCCAAGGAUUAAUGCUGCUUAUGCUUUAACAGAAAACAUUAUUUUGUUUGGUUGUUCCAAUGGAUUAUUUUCAUACCGACUCGAUGACAAUGAAAUUGUUCAAAUCAAAGGAAUAUCAAGCGUCAAUUAUUUUGCCAUCAAAUCAGAUUUGACUAAAUCAAUUAUGAUUGGCGAUAACGGUGACAAUCUCUAUGAAUGCGACAUUAGAAAUUUAAUGAACAAAAGUCGACAAUCAGGAAUGUUAGAAGCGAAACUUGAAAUUCAUCCACUUGACUUAUCAAUCGCUAAUCGUUGUGCUGAUGAAAAAUGGCAUAUGGUGGCAUUACAUGGAACAAGUGAACAUUUGAACGAUGCUAUCGCAAUAGCAGCAACAAACUCAAGAAUUGUAAUUCUUAAAUAUGAUGCAAAGAGUGGACGAUUCAAGCCGGUAAGAUCACUUGACACUGUCACUGCCAUCAACUCGAUAUUAUUCACACAACAUUCAGCAAUUGUUUCAUGCGAUAAGUUCUUUGAAAUUGAUUUGAAUUCGUUUGUUGCUGAAGAAUUCCUUGACAUGAGUGAUCAAAGUUUACGACCAACAAAAGUCACACAGCCGAUGAAUGUAUUCAGAAUUAAUUCUAAUGAGUUUCUCUUGUGCUUCCGUGAUUAUGGAGUGUUUGUCGAUGAAUAUGGCUUAAGAUCGCGACAAGAAAAUCUUGAAUGGCUGCAUUCGCCAAAAGAAUUCUUUUAUAAAAAUUAUUUGCUGUUUAUCAUUCACGAUGAAAUGAUUCAGAUUCUUAGAAUCAACAACAGCACUAAGAAACAUGAAAAAGAUUUACUCACUGACAAUAAUCAAUCGCGAACAUUUGUCAUGAUUGAUAAUGAGAAGAAGUUCACAUUUGGAUCGCAGGUCAAUGAUCAAAGUUAUUUGGUGAAUGUUUUGAGAAAUGUUGAUGGAGUUAAUGGAACAAUCACUCAAGAUCUCAUCACAAUUGAUGCUGAAAAAGCAUUCAAAAUUAACUUGAAUCGUUCAAUGUCAUCAAUCAUUAGCGACUCGAGCACAUCUCUUGCCACAAUGAGCUCGGUUGGAGCAACAAGCAACGACACUGUUAAUUAAACUAAAAAAUAUCUUAUAAAUUACUUAAUUAUUUUUUUCUUUUCUCUUUAUUGAUGUAUCUAAGUAUUUAGCGCUGAUAACUUAAACAAAGCCUUUUGAAAAUGGCAAAGUCUUUGGACUUUAAUUUCUGUCUUAAUCUAUUUUUUAUUUCUGUCUCAAUUUUACAAUUUAAUAAAAGUUUGUUUGACUAUAAUAAAGCAGAAAAGUUUAUUCAACUUAUAAUGUUGUCAUUCAAAACAUCUUCGCCUGCAAGAUAAGCAACUUUUUUGAGAAGAUUCUCAUCGAGUGUGAAACCUGAACAAAUUGUUUUUGCCAUGUCUUUGGAUUCAGGAAAGCCAAUUUCAGUGCAGAAUUGUAAACAUUGGACGGCCUUCUCUGGUUGUUUCUUGAGAAUGCAGACUUGAACAUAAUUUUGCAUCGAAGUGAUUUCAGCGUCUCCAAGAAUCUCAUCUUGACUUCCAAUGAUCUUGUCAAAGAUUUCUGUUGCCUUCUCGAAAUCUUCAAUUCUGCAAAUUAAUGUGAGAAUGUCUGACAAAAGUCUUGCUGUCCAGAUCAUCUGCUUCGUUCUCAUUUCAUUCUUUUCUUCGAUCUUCUUCCAAAUAUCAUAAGCAAUGUCACCGAAACUUUGAACAAGAUUUUCCUGUCGUGGAAGUGAAGGAUUUGGUUUGUUUUCGAUCAUGAUUUUUGUAAUCAUAUUGAGAAGAUUUUCUCUCGUUGUAUGAUCGAAGAGAAUCAUGUGCGACCAAAUCAAAGGAAUUGUUUCAAUUGAUCCUGAAACUUCAAUCGAUUUCAAGAUUUCUUCCAUCACUACUGGUUCAGGGAUGUAAACAUUGGGCACAAGAUAAUGAUAAGUGUCCAUGAAAAUCUCAAAUGGUUCAGUUGAUAACAACAGCAAAAAGAAGUUUCGAUAAUAAACCGAUUCCUUGUAUGAGUCGCCAAUUAAAUUGUAAUUGUCACCAUGAUGGAGUAAAGCGUCGACUCUCUUCGCAAGGUUCUUGUCAUGUAAAUGGUUACGACAAACAUCCAUAGCAGUAACGAAGAAAUGACAAUCUUUAAGGUCUUUGAUCUCGAAUUCUUUUCCUUCAAUUUCAUUCAUGAUGUCGAUGAGAACAUGCGACACUGGUCCACGUUCUCUGCAGAAGAUCUGAAGAAUGUAAUACCAGCUUGCCAAUGAAGGUUGAAUUCCAAUUCUCUUAAACUCUCCAAGGAUCUUCAAAGCAUUGUCUCUUGAUGUUCGUCCACCCAUUGUUGUUAUGCUGCUUAAACAAGAAUUUAAUGUGCCUUGAUUUGGAUUUAAAUUCGCACUCUUCAUUGUUAUUAAUAAUUCCCUCAUUAAAUCCCAACGUGCUUCAUAUCCUUCUCUUAAAAACGAGACAACACUGAGAAUAGAAUUGAAGGUUUCAACAUCAAGUGCAAUGUUGUUUGCGAGAGCUUCAUUGAAGAAUGCGUAAGCUUUUUCCGCUUGAUAAUAUUUACACAUUCCUCUGAUGAUUGUUGAAUAUGCUUUUGAAUCUUUCGGAUCGAUUUCACUGAAGAUUUGUUCAGCUAAAUCAUAAUCUUUCCAAGUUUUUCGUGGACGUUCAUUUAAUUUUGCACUCAUACGGAACCAACGCUCUUCAACCAAAUCUUCAUCCAGUUGUUCCUCGUUGUUGAAGAAACAAAUUAAUUCAAAGAAAGAUUGCAUUACUUCAGCUGGAAUCUCUAUUUUAUUUUUCUGCAAGAGUUGAUAGACGAGAGCAGCAUCCGUGACAUCAGCAGCUGCAAUGAGACUUUCGAGAUCUUUAACUUCCACUUCACUUUCUUCCGUGUAAAUUUUUGUUGGUACAAAUGCUUCAAUCGGUGGAUCCAUUUCUGUGUGCU